AUUUGAUGGACUCUGGUCGGGUUACUCUGAAUCACUCACUACAGUGAUCUGGUUCACUGGAGUGAGUGUUGUUUCCGGUGAGUCCGCUCACUCGCAGCACCCACAGCACUGAACUAUACACUAGAGUUCAGUGAGCCAAAGUUAGCAGCAGGCAGCCAGAGGACUCAAAGUAUCCACCGGACUCGGACUCGUGAUUCCUGAUUCAGUACGGAGAUUCGAAUCAUUAACCCGGUUGAUUCAUGAACCGACCGGCUUCCGUUGCAUCUGCGGGCAGUUUGUGUUAAAUUCAUGCCACCGAAGGGACUUUCCGGUCUGCAGCAGGUGACCGAGCAGCUUUAUAUAAGUAACGCCAGAGCCGUGGCUGAUGUUUCGCUGCUGGCUCGCUGUAGAAUCAGCUGCGUGAUGAACGUUACCGAGAGCGGCGGCAGCAGACCGAUUCCUCCCGGGGUGGAGUUCAUCCACAUCCCGGUCACCGAUUCCCCGGACUUCCCUCUCAGCGAUCACUUUGACGAGGUGGCGGACCGGAUCGAGCGGACGGCGGAGCUGGGCGGCCGGACGCUGGUGCACUGUAACGCCGGUGUGAGCCGCUCGGCCGCCCUCUGCUUGGUCUACCUGAUGAAGUACCGCGGACUCACGCUGCUGGAUGCCCACGCGUGGCUAAAGGCCCGCCGACCCGUGGUGAGGCCGAAUCCAGGCUUCUGGAGGCAGCUCAUCCAGUACGAGAAAGAACUCCGAGGCUGUUCCUCCGUGCGGAUGAUUCCCUCUUCAAUGGGACUAAUUCCACACAUCUAUGAAGAGGAGACCAGGAACAUGCUGCUCUUUAUAUGACGUCACAGUCGAUCUGAGGGAU